ACCCUCGUCCAUUAGUAGCAGAGUCUCUUUCUGAUUUCCAGUUUCCGAUUUGGCAUCAAUUGAUCGGAAAUCGAAACUGCAAAAUAACACUCACGAAAUCGGAAAUCUCAAUAAAGGAACCCAAAUCCAAUCGAAUCCAAGGCAACAAUAGAGAGAACAAACACCAUUAAAUCAGAAUCACAGAGAGAGAAAGAGUGUUAAGAGUGGUGUUGUUGUUGUUGGUCGUUGUUGGCAGAAAUGGAUACACUGCCAACGACGUCGUCUAAGAGCGAACGGAGAAGUGGUAGAUCGAAGGCUGCUCAGACCUCUAAGUCUUCUCUCGUCAUGGCUUUCUUUUCUUGCGUCGCUUGGCUUUACGUUGCCGGCAGGUUGUGGCAGGAUGCAGAGAAUCGCAAUUUGCUUGCUACUCUUUUAAAGAAGAAUUCAGCACAGAGGUCCAAGGUUAUUACUGUGGAAGAUAAGCUAAUGAUUCUAGGGUGCAAGGAUCUGGAGAGGAGGAUUGUGGAAGCUGAGAUGGAUUUGACAUUGGCAAAGAGCCAAGGGUUCCUAAAAGGCCAGUCGCAGAAAAGUGGCUCUUCUGAUCCUAAGCUUCUUGCUGUUAUUGGUGUCUACACUGGAUUUGGAAGUAAAUUGAGAAGAAAUGUUGCCCGAGGGUCUUGGAUGCCCAGAGGCGAUGCUUUGAAAAAACUUGAAGAAAGAGGAGUGGUCAUACGUUUUGUAAUUGGUCGGAGUGCUAAUCGAGGUGAUAGCUUAGAUCGCAAUAUUGAUGAAGAAAAUCGCUCAACAAAGGAUUUCUUGAUUCUUGAAGGUCAUGAGGAAGCUCAAGAAGAGUUGCCUAAGAAAGCAAAGAUCUUCUUUAGUACUGCAGUUCAGAACUGGGAUGCUGACUUUUAUGUGAAAGUUGAUGACAGUAUUGACAUUGAUCUGGAGGGAUUAAUUGACCUUCUUAACCGCCGCCGCGGUCAGGAUGGGGCAUAUAUUGGAUGCAUGAAAUCUGGAGAAGUGAUAUCAGAAGAGGGCAAGGCAUGGUACGAACCUGAAUGGUGGAAAUUUGGGGAUGAAAAGUCGUAUUUUCGACAUGCAGCUGGUUCACUUGUUAUAAUUUCAAAGAAUUUGGCGCAGUAUAUUAACAUAAACAGUGCAUCUUUGAAGACUUAUGCCUAUGACGAUACAUCGUUGGGAUCUUGGAUGAUGGGUGUCCAAGCAACGUAUAUAGACGAUAUUCGCCUUUGCUGCAGUAGCAUCAGUCAAGAUAAGGUUUGUUCCUUGGCAUGAUAAGAGAAUUGCAGUCACAUCCUUCACCACUGUUACUUCUAUUGAGGAACUCUUACAUUUUUUGGGAAAAUCAGUGUCAACUUUCAGUUGUCAGCCUUGAGGAUUGUAGGUACUAUGCUUAUAAAUUUCUUUAUAGAUCCAGCGACCUAUUCAUUCUUUUAGAUAUCAGCAGUGAAAUUGAGAGGCUUAAUGUUGACACACUUUGGCCUUUGGAGCUCACUUAAUUUUCUCAGAGGUGCUAUAAUCAUAGUUGGCUCUUUUAAUUUUUUUUUUCUCUUUUUCUUUUUCUUUUUCUUUUUUUCCUUUUCUUUUUUAAUUUAUUUCUUUUGUUUUUUCUUCAUAUUGUUUAUACAAAUCUUCUGUUGAUAGAAAGAAAGCAGCCACUUCCCUUGUUGUACACCUCUACUGUUUGCUACGCUGCGAUGAGAAAAUUGUAGACUUGUAUUAUACCGAGACAUACGAUGAUAUUUUGCGCAAAUCACAUUUUUUAUGAUGCUUUUUCAUUUCCGUAUCA